AUGAGUCUUAAGAGACCGCAAAAUCCUACAAAGAAUUAUCAAUAUCACAAUACUUCCUCAUCUCCUUCGUCUGUCUCCAUCUCAAGUACCAAAAUAAAGAGUCGUCGCAGUCGUCGCUUGGCACAUGGGUCCGCUGUUUUGUCGUCUAUGUAUAAGUCAUCGCUACCAUUGGCAUCGACUCCACGCACAGUCGAGUUUAUGUGGGGCGGCAUUACAUCGCCAGGUUUUACACUCAAAUGGAAACGUACUGGGAUUAUACUUGUCAGCUCUGUAACGCGGGAGACACAGAUGGCCACAAGGCUAAAGAUUGGAAGCAAACUCCGACUUGUAGGCGGCUUCCCAGUCAACAGCCUUACACUGGAAGACGUCAAGAAAGUCAUGCUCAUGGCUCCAAAACCAGUGAGUCUUGUUUUCGUGAAUUCAAGAGAUGUUUAUAUUGGAAAUCCAGUUAGCUCCAAUAAAAAUGAACAAGUGAUUACGCGGACAAACAUCCGGGCUCGAUUGUCAGCAUCCAGAAAGCUUUCCAGUGCCAAUGAGCAAUGCGACACGAAUAACAGUACGAACACUUAUCAUGAGAGUAAUGGUGCAAAGAAUGAAAGUAGCGGCUCAACCAUCUCAGCUUCAACGACAUAUGACAUGCAGUCCGACAGCAAUGCAUCCAGGAAGUGCAAAGUCUCCAAGCUUCAAAUGGCCUUCGAUCGGAUCAAUCAAUUAGUAAAUCGUCCAGUUCGGCGAGCUAGUCUACAUCUUGCUGGUGGUAACAGCAUCAUCGUGUAG